AUGACUUCUGUGCAAGACUCCCUCAUCUUCGGCAACAUCCUCUCCACCCGGGAAUCCGCCGCGAUCUGGUCAGACAAGACGCGUACACAGUGCUAUCUCGCAUUCGAAGGCGCCUUGGCCAAGGCGCAGGCUCGACUGGGCAUCAUCCCGCAAAGGGCCGCCGACGAGAUCAUCAAGUUCUGCCUGGACAUCCGGAACGUGGACUUUGACGACCUCCGCCGACAGACCGAGCUGAUCGGGUACCCCGUGCUAGGCCUGGUCAAGCAGUUGGUCAAGCAUAUCAAUGGGAUCGAGCCGGGGCUCGGGGAGUGGGCGCAUUGGGGAGCGACCACGCAGGAUGUGACGGACACGGCGACGGUGAUCCAGCUAUGGGACACGAUGAGUCUCUUCGAGAAGUCGCUCGAGGAGAUUAUUGCCGCGCUUCGGCACCUGGCCGACAAGCAUAAAUCCACCCCAAUGGCCGCCAGGUCGAACCUGCAGCAGGCUGUCCCCAUGUCCUUUGGGUUCAAGCUGGCCAGGCUUCUCGCGACGUUUCUUCGACAUCGUGACCGGCUCAAGGACGUUGAGGAGAGGGUGACAGUGCUGGAAUUCUCGGGGGCGGCAGGCACCUUGGCCACGUUACCGCCCUCGCAGGAUCUCCCCUUGCUCGGGCUCGAAUGCCAACGCGAAUUGGCCAAAGACUUGAACCUCAAAGUCCCCGAGAUCGCGUGGCACACGGAGCGCGACCGCAUCGCCGACUUCGGUUCCCUCUGCGCCAUGCUCACGAGCACGUGCGCCAAGUUCGCGCUGGACGUCAAACUCAUGAUGCAGACGGAAGUGGGCGAGGCGUCGGAACCGUACGUCCCGCACCGGGGGUCGAGCAGCACCAUGCCGCAGAAGAGGAACCCGAUCUCGUGCGCGUACAUCACCGCCAUGUCGGCGACGGUCAGGCAGCUGAGCACGAGCCUGUUCGAAGCCAUGGUGGAGGACCACGAGCGCAGCACGGGGCCGUGGGAGAUCGAGUGGAUCGUGCUGCCGCAGCUCUCGACCCUGACGCACGCCACCCUCAAGCACACGGCCGAGCUGCUCGCGGGGCUCGAGGUGCACGAGGACGCGAUGAAGAAAAACCUCGACCUCUCCAAGGGCGGGAUCGUCAGCGAGGCCGUCAUGAUGGGCCUGGGCAAGACGCUGGGCCGCCAGUACGCGCACGACGUCGUCUACGACCUGUGCCGCAAGUCGCAGCUCGAGGACCGGCAGUUGCUCGACCUGCUCUGCGAGCACGAGGAGAUCGGCAAGAAGAUGUCCAGGCAGGAGUUGGCCAAGCUGUGCGACCCCGCAAGCUAUCUCGGGUACAGCGAGGCCAUGGUCCAGAAGGUGCUCAAGUUGGCCGAUGAGCCUCCUCAGCAGAGGAAGCCCAGUCUGGUCUGA